AUGAAGAGGACCCUCCUGGAGCUCAUCCCGGUCUUCUCGGCCGUUGCGCUCCUCAUUCUGAAGCCGGUGUCGGCGCAUCCACAAUGCCUGGACUUCGAGCCGCCGUUUCAGCCUCCGUGGCACCUGGAGUUCUGCACGCAGUACCAGGACUUCGGCUGCUGCGACCAGAGGACGGACAACACCAUCGCCGAGAGAUACUGGGACAUUAUUGACCUGCUGGAGGCGCAGGGUCAGGAGCUGUGUGCAGAUACUCUGAAGGAAAUCAUGUGUCAGGAGUGCUCUCCUUACGCCGCCCACCUGUAUGAUGCUGAAGACCCCUACACCCCAGUCCGAGAACUGCCCGGCCUCUGCUUGAACUUCUGCUCAGAGUUUCACAGUAAAUGUCGUCAUGUGCUGAAGUAUUUAACGGACAACCGGCUUCUGCAGGACACCUGCGACAGGGACAUGUCCACCUUCUGCAGCAUGGUGGACCUGUCGGACCAGGACUACUGCUACCCCAACGUCCUGAAGACCUCCGACCUCAACGGUAAGCUGGGCCGGGUGGCGGAGGACCCCGGGGGCUGCCUCCAGCUGUGCCUGACGGAGGUGGCCAACAACCUGAGGAACCCCGUGCUGAUGCUGCACAGCGCCGACCACACCCACCGCAUGUUCAUCGCAGAGCAGGUGGGCUUCGUGUGGGUGUACCUGCGCGACGGCAGCCGGCUGGAACGACCCUUCCUGGACGUCAGCGGGGAGGUGAUGACCACGCCCUGGCUGGGGGACGAGAGGGGCUUCCUGGGCAUGGCCUUCCACCCACAGUACCGCCACAACGGACGCUUCUUCAUCUACUACUCCAUCCAGGUGAACAGUCAGGUGGAGAAGGUGAGGAUCAGCGAGAUGAAGGUGUCGGCCUACGACAUGAACGUGGCGGAUCCGUAUUCAGAGAGGGUCAUUUUAGAGAUUGAAGAACCAGCUGCGAAUCAUAACGGAGGUCAGCUGCUGUUCGGUCUGGAUGGGUAUCUGUAUAUCUUCACUGGAGACGGUGGGAAAGCUGGAGAUCCAUUUGGGAAGUACGGCAACGCGCAAAACAAGAGCGCUCUGUUGGGUAAGGUUCUACGUAUCGACGUGGAUGGAAGUGACCCCGACGGGAGGCCCUACCGGAUCCCCCCUGACAACCCCUUCGUCUCGGACCCCGGCGCCCGUCCGGAGGUGUUCGCGUACGGGGUCCGGAACAUGUGGCGGUGCUCGGUGGAUCGAGGCGACCCGGUCAGCCGCCACGGCAGAGGGAGGAUAUUCUGUGGAGACGUGGGUCAGAACCGCUACGAGGAGGUGGACAUCAUCGAGAAGGGAGGGAACUACGGAUGGAGGGCCAAGGAGGGAUUCGAGUGUUACGACCUCAAACUGUGUCAAAACUCGUCUUUAAAUGACAUCCUGCCUAUAUUUGCGUACAGCCAUCAUGUUGGGAAGUCUGUGACAGGGGGAUUUGUGUACCGAGGAUGUGAAUCACCCAAUCUGAACGGCUUGUACAUUUUUGGAGACUUCAUGAGCGGGCGAAUCAUGGCGUUAGAGGAGGAGAAGACGACAGGAAUGUGGAAGGAAAGGCCUGUCUGUAUGGGAGACACAAAGACCUGCUCGUUUCCUGGACUCAUCAACCAUUACCACAAGUUCAUCAUCUCCUUUGCAGAAGACGAAGCAGGUGAACUCUACUUCCUGGCCACAGCCUAUCCCAGUUCCUCGUCUCCUUUUGGAACCGUUUUCAAGUUUAUGGACCCCUCCAGGAGAGCUCCUCCAGGGAAAUGCAAGCAGAAGCCUCUUCCUGUUAAAGUGAAGGCUAAAAAGAUUCCGUUUGUUCCCAGAGAGCUGACUGUUCUGGACAUGAGUGAUAAACCCACCCGACCGCCACCCAAAAAGCUCAAACCGACGACCACCACCAGAGCACCGACAACCAGCAGCAAACCCACCACGACCCCGGCCACUCUGAAGAUGAUGAACGCAAUGAAGAAGCCCAAGAAGAAAACACCCGACAAGAAGAAGACGACCAACAAGAAGAAGAAGCAGUGGAUAAAAAACAUGCAGAACAAGCAUUCGGCUAAAGCCAACGAUAAAACGAACCUGGGCCGAGAGAAACUGAAGGGAAAGGCUGAGGAGAAUAAACUCACCAGUGACCAACCCAAACCCAAGAAGACUCUGAAAGACGGACGGAACCAAACGACCGCCUCCAACGGUCUGAAGGACAACGCCAUCUACAGGAAGAAGAAGAGCAUGGACAGGAAACAAAGGGGGAACCAGGAGAACCGCAUAAAGACCACAGAACCCACCUUUAUGAAUCAAACCAGGACUAAGUUGAAUGUGAAAAGUAACAGAACAAUUUAA